GUAAGGGUUUCUCUGAGCAGGAGGUGAACCGGUGGUCUGAGCGCGGAUUUUAAAACUCUUUGGAGUGUGGAUGCAACUUUGGAAUUUACCAAAUCUGUUUCCGAGAUUGUAAACUAUGUAAGUCUGGAAGUCUAGUGGAUUCACAGUCUUUAAGCUUUGUUUAUAUUUACGGUGUUCUUUUGUAUAGGUUUUGGACAUCUAUCGUACUCUGUCUGUAGUCACAUCAUGCUAAUACAACGGACUGAAUACAUGUCAAACAUUCAAAUUUUUACUUGGAGUGUUAGAAAGCCAGUCUUCGACAGUAUCUAAGAAAUAUAUCGUCGGCUCACUCUAAGUUAAUAGAUAUUUUUGUAGUCGUGAAUCAUUUCAUAUGAUUUUGGAGUCACAUGGACUUCCAUCAUUACACUUAGGUCAAGACUACAUAAGAACGGUUUCAGUCGGUAUUACCGUCGGAUACUGCUGGUUCUCGUCAAAUCAGAUGACAACACCGAGAAGUUCAUCAGUAGCCGCGUGAUUUUGAGUAGAAUUUCUUGACUAAGGUAGCUUGCUUACUCAUGAUUCCAUAUGAAGCCAAACAUUUCUUCAAAACUUCGAUCGAAGGUUAUCAGCAUACAAGAUUUAAGCUAGAUCUUUCUCUAGGUUAAAUAAUCUAGAAAACUCCGUCAAUGCUAUACAUGCACUUGCAUACAAUCAAGAUACGGUGAGAUAUAGUUAAAUUAUCAGAGUAGUACAAUUAGUGGGGAGGGGUUAAUCACCGAAUCUUUGUCCAUUUCUAUGUUCUCAUAAUUUUUUUUACGUCGGUUCUCGUCACUCAAAAGUGAGUUAAUGCAUUUGACGUAUAAUAUAUGGCUCAUAGGUUUACGUACUGUAUUUUCAAAUGGAAAAUAAGAAUUAGAGGCUUCAGAUGUCGGCGUGUUCUACUUCUAAUCUCUACCAUAUUAACUAUCCUCCUUGUAACAAGUUUUCUGGCUUCCCAAUUUGACGAAACAGACAAUAAAUCAUCCGCAUCGGGGCCAAUAUCAUCGAAAGUUGCUUCCGUAGUCAACCAUCCAGAAAGUGAACAAGAUGAUCAUCAAAUCCAAGCACCUGUUCAAGUACCGCCAGUUAUAAGUAAUGGUGAGAAGGUUCUACCGAAAAUUCCUGUUAAACAAUCUCCUGUUUCUGAACCGCCUUCCUCACUUAACGUUUUUAAGCUGGGGACACCAGUUACCAAGGAUGAAACUCAAGGUGGAAAUCCCUUGAAUGUAACAGUCUCUAAAAUGCGUGAUAAAGUCAGGGAGAUGAUGAAAUUUGCUUGGGAUUCUUACGCCACUUAUGCAUGGGGAAGCAAUGAAUUGAAACCUGUUUCGAAAUCAGGUCAUUUACCAUCUGUACUUGGUAACAUACCACUUGGCGCUUCAAUAAUUGAUGGUCUGGAUACUUUGUACAUAAUGAACUUAAAUAAGGAAUUCAAUGCUGCUGUUAAGUGGAUUGAAAGUAGUUUGGACUUUUCUCAACCAAGUGUUGUAUCGGUAUUCGAAUUCAAUAUCAGAUAUCUUGGUGGUCUGUUGUCAGCUUAUACAUUCACUAGAAAACCUAUUUUGCUUAACAAGGCAGUGGAACUUGCUCAACGCCUGUUACCUGCAUUUGAAACACCAAGUGGAAUUCCAAUGAGUUUAGUCAAUUUAAAGACAGGAGAUAAACGAAAUUUCAUUUGGGCAAGCUCUCGAUGUUCCAUUCUAUCGGAAUUUGGUACCUUACAUAUGGAAUUCAAAUAUCUUUCCGAGUUAACUGGUAAUCCAGUGUAUGCAGAAAAAGUAGACAAUAUUCGCAAGGUUUUGCAAGAAGUCGAUAGACCAAAUGGUUUAUUUCUUAAUUAUAUGGAUCCUCAUACUAAAUCAUGGUGUGGUAAUGAAGCUGGUUUAUCUGCAUUAGGCGAUUCAUUUUAUGAAUAUUUACUGAAAGAAUGGAUUCGAACUGGUUAUCGUGAUAAAAAAGCUCUUGAAUUAUAUAAUUCUAGUAUAGAGGCAUUUCAACGUAUAGGCUUAUUUCGUAGGAGUCCACGUGAUAACCUGCUGUAUGUCGGCAAUUACAAAAUUGGCAGUGUUAGUAAUUCAAUGGAUCAUCUCGCUUGUUUUGUUGGUGGUAUGCUUGCACUCGGUGCAUCCGAUAAAAAUGAUCCUUGGUUUCAACGUGGUGUUGAAGUUACAGAGACCUGUAGAAGAAGUUAUGCAUCUACUUCAAUGGGUCUUGGUCCAGAAAUAUUUUCAUUUACUGAUGAGUUAUCUGCGAUUGCUAUUUCCAAGUCUCAUAAGCAUUAUCUUCUACGACCAGAAACAGUGGAAUCAUACUUUUAUUUAUGGCGUUUCACCAAAGAUCCAAAAUACCGUGAUUGGGCAUGGGACGUUGUCCAGGCUCUUGAUAAAUAUUGUCGUACAGGAGCAGGCUUUUCCGGCAUUGAAGAUGUCUACUCUUCUCAACCCGAAUACGACGAUGUUCAACAAUCCUUCUUCCUAGCAGAAACAUUGAAGUAUCUUUAUCUAAUAUUUUCUGAGGAUUCUUUAUUGCCACUUGAUAGAUGGGUGUUCAAUUCUGAAGCACAUCCGCUACCUGUUCAAAACAAAGUUAAACUUAUUGAAGUUCAGUAAUUUAAUAUUUUUCAAUUUUACAGUUGGUUGAUCUCUUUAUCCUUCAUGUUCAUAAUUCAUUUUUUCUCAUAUUGUUUUUAUUUUCCUUCCAUUGACCUGUGAGUUAUGUGCAAUGAGAAGAUAUUUCAUGUAUAUCGUAUGAAGUGCUCUGUGAAUAGAGUAAACACUUUUCUACUCUUUAGCAAAUAAGAUUAUCAGAAACAUAUAGAAAGUAAAUAAAACUAGUCCUAUUAUAAAGUAAUAGAUGUUCUUUAUUUCAACUGAAAUUGAAAGUUUCUCGGGUCUAUCUCUUCUAGAAUCUCGUCUCUCUUCCUCUCUCUCUCUCUCUUAUGCUUCUGUCUUCAUAAUACCGUAUUAAUGUUGUCUAUUCUUCUUGUCAAAACAGUCUGUGAUAUUUUCAAAUGGCCAAUGGAAUAUCUGUUUCAGCACUACUCUCUCUUCUCAUUCUGAUCACACUCUCUUAAUACUGUUAUUUCCUGUUUCAUCUAUCGGUAUUCUUUGUCUUAUUUCUUCUUACUUUUCGCUUUUUUGGAUAAUUGUCCAACUUCUUUAGAGAAAGCAGUAAUUUAUUCGUUCGUUAUCUUUCUUAUUGUUUUUCCUGUGUAUUCGCACUGUUCUGUGUUAUAUUUCUUGUUCAUAUAUGCACAAAACAAAAACUGAUUGGUUCUGUUUUUAGUUUUUUGUUUCCAGAGUGUAUAUAUUUCAUUCGGAAUAUAAGUUUAUCAAGAA